UUAAACUUAUUUUUCUUCAAGAAAAUCAACCAAAAUGGGUACUAUGUUGGUUAACAACAAUUAUUUUAGGCAGAGACUUAGGCAAAUGGAAGAAUUGUAUCCAGAACCUCCAGCCCUAGGAGAUUGUGAUUGCACGUCAUAUUCAUAUUUUGUCCUCUCAGUUUUAUUUUUUACUUUUGGAUCUUUUAUAACAGUGUUGGCAUUAAGUGGGGGUGAUUAUUUGUACCUCCACCUCGGUCAUAUGUGGUUGGUAGGCCCAAUAUUAUGUUGUUCUGGAAUAAUGGUUGCAGUAAAAAUCAUUUUGUACUUGAGAAGAAAGAGUGUUAUUCAGAUGCUUUUACGGCAGAGGACUUUAUUAAGGGGACUACAGGAGAUAGCACAACAGGGCCAGCAUGGUGUUUGUACUCUCUCUGUUAUGACGAGAACUCCAAGCACUUUGACUCUGCCUCCCUCCUAUGAUCUACUAAUGGGGGCAGCCGUCGGACCUUCAGAACCCCCACCACCCUCGUACGAGGAAGCUAUGUUCCUCAUUGGAGAUGAAAAGUCAAGAGCUCUGCUUGAGAACAGGCAAAAUACAACCAUUGACAACCAAGGAAAAGAAACCGUUUGAAAGCCUACAUUUCACUUAGUAAGUUAUAGUUUUAUCAAUACAGUGAUGAAUUUAACAAAUCUUUUAGCUUUAAUUAGACCCAUUGUUAAUUUUUAACUUUUCAUUUUGUAGCUCUUGACAUAGAAUAGGAUGCAAAAGACAGAUGUAAGAUUUGUCCAUCUUUUUGUUAAAAAUAUUAUCUUUUUGAUUAUCCAAUAAUAAAUU